GUCGUUUCUUGCAGUGCGCUCGCCAGCUCCUUGAAUCGUCGCCGACCGUAGAUUCGCAGUAAAAUAAAGAUAAUAAGCGUUAUAAACAACAGGGACCGUCGUACAACAUGCCUCGCUCACGUGUUUUGUCGUUCAUGAGCCAGUUCGGCGCCUCUCCUCGCUCGCCAACCACUGAUCUACCCCCUUCGCCCACCAAACCGAACGCAACAGAUUCCGAGAACACGCCGUCACCCCGGAUGCAGCUCAACCUCGACACGCAUACUCCAGACAUGCAAGUCCACAAGAUGGAUCCGUACGUCAAGGACUCAGCGCACUCGCCGGCGACACCUUCAAGGGCGCGAGGUGACUCAAGAGCUGCGACAAGGCCGAAUAGCAUGAUGCAAGCCUACCAGCCUCCGCAGGUGGAUGUCGCGAACGACACGCCUCCGGAGUUACAGCCUGUGUUCAGCUACCUCAACAGCCAUAGCAAUAAACUAUAUCAAGAAGGCUACUUCCUGAAGCUGCACGAUCUAGAUUCGAGAGGCCGUCCAAGUCCGGACAGGGUGUGGGUAGAAUGCUUUGCUCAACUCGUUGGUACGGUGCUGUCGUUAUGGGAUGCUGGUGCGCUGGACGCAGCAGGCGAGGACGGAGAAGUUGUGCCCAACUUCAUCAAUCUGAGCGACGCCUCUAUCAAAAUGAUUGAGUCACUACCCAUGAACGGUGCACAAGGUGGCAACCUGCAGAAUGUUCUCAGCAUCUCAACUGCCGCUAAUAAUCGCUAUCUACUACACUUUAACUCGCUGAAUUCGCUGACACAGUGGACUGCCGGAAUACGUCUUGCCAUGUUUGAGCACUCAACGCUCAUGGAAGCGUAUACCGGCUCACUGAUUGCCGGCAAGGGCAAGUUCUUGAACAAUAUAAAGACGAUCAUGGAGCGUGCGAGUCCAAAGUUUCCUCACGAAGACUGGGCGCGUGUACGGUUUGGAGCAGGUACAGCAUGGAAGCGGUGUUGGUGCGUCGUUUCGCAGCCAGAGGAAAAGGAGGUUCAGCGGGCGCAGAAAGCGCUCAAGAAAGCCACGUCUGAGCGAGUGAGGGUGCCCAAGGGUCACAUCAAGUUUUACGACACCAGAAAGGUCACAAAGAAGACCAGGCCAAUUGCGACGAUCACUGAUGCAUACGCGGCUUACGCCAUUUACCCGCAGUCGAAGCCGCUGAUUGAACAGUCCACAUUGGUCAAGCUGGAAGGGUUGGUGACAGUUCACGGCACGCCAGAAUCCAUCACAGAAGGCUUUGUCUUCAUCAUGCCAGAAGUGCAUCCUGCAGUCACAGGAUUCGAGAUGAUGCUACGGUUCCUCUUCCCUGUGUUCGACGCCUUCAGUCUCUACGGCAGGCCCAACCGCUUGAUCGCGGAUACUCUUGACCAGAAGGGUCUUAUGUUCGCAAUGCCACGAGACCGGCGCUAUGGCUACUUGGACAUCCUGGAUGUCUCAGCAUUGAUUCAUACCGAAGGCAGCCAAGGCUGGACCGAGAGGCAGUGGAGGCGUGAGAUGAAGAAGCUGACGUCCACUCGCAUGGUGACGCAGAUGGAGAACUCGCCCCGAGCCAGCCAGCAGAUGGCAUACCGCCGCAACACCAUGACCAGCAGAAUGUCGUUGCCACCCACCAGAGGUGGUGUUCGUUUCGAGGAUGGCGCACCGGUCUCUGCACCCGGCUCGCGCUCCGAGUCGCCGACGCCGAUUAGUGGUGCUGAAGGUCGCUUUUUUCCACCCCGGCGCAUUGACUCCGCACCGCCAUCAGCACAUUCAAGUCCGCAUAAGCGAUCGGUUUCCGAUGCGCAAGGGUACCGUCGAUAUGAAACACAAACAUCAUCACGUCUCUCCUACGAAGCCGGUCGCGCUUAUGACGAGCCGCCACCACCGCCAAGACACACAGGCGCACUGAGUGCCGCGACUGGCCGGCCCCAUGGACUGGGCUCGCUGGAACGCAUUCAGUCCGAGGCGGAGGUGCCUACCUUGAGCUCUGUUGCGGGUGACGUGCAGACGCAGGUAGCAACACCACACACAUUGCCGCCUGCACCGGUUACUAGUCCGCCCGCCUUCACGCACAACCCUUCCAGUAGACCAGCUCAUCAGCCUUAUCAAGCCCCUGAGUUAAGGCGCGCGCACUCGAAUGUGGAUGCCGCUACACUCUAUCAGAUGCAGAAUGCAGUCCGCACGGAAGAUGAGCCGGACGAUGACUACUGGAACGGCGAGUUGCAGCAUCGCAGCCAACAACAGCAAAGAUCGGUAGGGUUCAAUGACCACCCUGCGGAACGCAAUCUCGAUAUGCCUGCUGAUCAAUUGCAAGGCAUACUGAAUAAGGGACGUGAUCCUCGUCAGCGCUUGAGUACCAUUAUUGGCAGUCCACCUUCCGAUGCGGAGUCGAAAGCUUCCCGCCUGCGCGAGCAAGCCUACAUGCCACACGACACGGCAACAGGGGUACAUCAGAGAGACGAAGCGACGAGAGGUGGACGCGGAACUCCGGACUCUCCACUUGCCACCAGUCGUAGCGUUGCAAGAAAGCCCGUGCCGAAAACAACUGCUGAACAACCACUGUCACUGAGCAUACCGUCAGAGCAGCCAACGCCUCCGCAUCAUGAUCGCACCGAGCCUCUCUCGCCUGACUCCCCAGUCAACAGUGAAAGCUGGGCGGGCGAUGUGAUCGAUCAGGCCGUCCUAGAACGUGUGCUGAAUGGAGACACAGCCAGCCGUACUGAUACCAUGCAAUCUUCCGUCCCGGAUUACGCUAGCACCGUGAGUUCGAAGCCGGAGCAGCGCAAGCCUGUAGAGAAGCCAAGAGCUGGCCGGCUGAAAACUGUUGGCGACCCGAAUUACCCUGCUCUGCACGAACGCUCUGGGAGCGUGGGGAAGCUUGAUACCUGGAACAAGGAGCAGGCAGAACAGCAGGCAAUGAUGCCUGCAAUAGACUUCGGACCGACGCUUACGUACACACCGACUGGCAGACCGACCACAAGCGGAACCAUGACGCCUGGUGCGAGUGGCGAUCGAAGCCGGUCACGGUCGGGCGACCGCCUGAUGGGCGCUUCCGGUGACGCUCUGGCGGAGUCCGCCCGGCAAUCCUAUUUCGGCGGACGCACGACGCCAGGCUCAAGACCCAUCACACCGACGGGCAUUGUUGCCUCGCCCUCACGCACACCGGAUAGGAAUAGCAUUGCCUGGCAGCCGGCUGUGACUUCGCAGGGAGAAGCGCUAAGCAACAAGCAGAGUCUGACACCAGAGCAAUGGGUGCAGUACAGGGCGGCCAUGGCCGCACAACCACAGCAAGCACCUCCGCGAAGAGCUACGCCGAACUUUGCUCAUCAGCGAACCUCUUCCGGCCACAGCGUACAUAAGCUACGUCAAUCCUUGACCAAAACGCCGCCCCCACUUUCAAGGAUGCAGUCGGGCGACUGGUCCCAUCUUGGACAGCCAGCCGAUCAGCGCACACCACCUAGCCGGCCACAUUCACGCGGAGCCGGGGCGAUCCUAGGAUCUGGAUGUCCUGGCCCAGCCAACUAUAGCGCUCAGCCCACAAACCUGACAGCAAAGGAGCAGAUGCACGUGGCACGCGCUACUGGUAUGCCCUUGCUCAGCUACACUUCGAAAGCGGACCAGAAGAAGCAAGAGGAGUAUCAGCCUGGCCUGUUUGGCGCCCUUGCAGCACGUGAGCGUGAGAAGGAAGAGUCGAAGCGGCAUACCAUGAGCAGUUCGGUGGUACAGCAAGCCAUUGCCGCUCGACAGCAGCAGCAGAUGGAAGCGGAAGCUCAGGCCCAAAUGCAGUAUCAAUGGCAAAUGCAGCAGCAAAUGUCACAACAGACGCAGUGGAUGCAGAUGCAGAUGCAGCAGAUGAUGCUGGCUCAGAACCAGCCUGCUAUUGGUUAUGCGAGUCAUGCUGGUCAAGGGUAUAGGACUGCUCCCUCACCGGUUGCUGCACAGAGUCUAUUCGAAAGUUCUCAAGCAGGGUUUGCUGGAAACCCAUGGGAAUCACAGCAAGCUCUCUCCUCAGCUCAAAGUCAAUAUAGGGUUAACCGGGCGUACGAAAACCGGCAGGAACCGCAUCGUUGAGGCGUUUGCGCUGAAAGGAGCAAAAGGCAGGCUUGAUGAUCGAGCGUUUCAAUAUACGUAGGGUACAAAAGCGGUUGUCCAUGCAUCCAAUGUGCGCGCCGCGACUCGCUGCGCACCCAGAAACUUGACGCUUAGCUUGAGGUGCAAUAGAUUGUGCACGCAGUCGCUGUAUUCUGGUAGGCGCA